CAAGCAUGAAUUUCUAUAUAGUUUGCACUGUUUUAGCCACUUUAGCACUUCAUUCUCUAGCAGAAGAUGUUAAGGAAAAUGCAUCGACUACUUCGGCUGUUGAUCGGAUGUCAAAUUCAUUAAAAACAAAUGUGAUUCCUAAUAAUGAAUCUAAUAACGAAUGGUCCGUUGUUCCAAAAGGCUAUGGAGGGGCGCUUGCAACUGGCGGAGCUGUUGUAGUUGGAAUUGUAGUUUUGUUAGCUAUAGCUGCUGUAGUCAGCCCUUUGUUUGGAUAUAGGCUUUGUCAAAUUUUCAGUACUUGCGACGCAGCUACUACAGGUACAGCUUUCAGUGGUGAUGGCUAUUCUGGAUAUGCAACAGCACCUUCAUAUUCUACUUACCAGAAAAGAUCUAUUGAGUAUGUUGGUCCAAUUUUACAAGCAUUGAAUUCAGCGUAUGAGAAAUAUGGACAUGGUACUACUAAUCCAAUAAGUCAAGCAAUCAAAAAAUCUGCUCAACAAUAACAUUUAAAAAUAAAACAUGUUUUUUUUUAUACCUACUAUAAUUAAAUGUUCCUUUAGAUGUACAAACUUGCUUGAAUUUAGAAUAAAUAUUGUAUUUUAAAGAAAUAAAAAAACUAUUCAGUGAUCAAUAA